GGAGAGGAGUGACGAUAGAGGUUUAACCACAAAGCUUAGAGAUAGAGUUAAAGUUAUUUCUUCAGUUAACUUAAUAUUUUUUUGCAUAUGAAAUAAAACAGAUCAGUUUCUGGUACAUCAUCAUCCGCUGCUCAGUGGAGAUAUAUUUGGACAGACUGACUUCCAUCAUGGAGAGAUCCAGAAACUUUUGCAUUGACGCGCUGCUGGCGCACGACGCGGAGCAAAGGACGGACAGCGACGGUGCGUCCCCGGGCUUGUACAGCAGGAGCCCCGGCGACAGUCCGCUGUCCACCCGCGGCUCCGAGACGCCCUCCCCGCAUCCAAACCCGACCAACUCCUCUCCAGCUCCUCCGGGACUCCUGCCCAAAUCCCAGCUCUUCAAUUUAUCCCAGCCGGGAUUCACUGCUCUGCACCAAGGGGGUCUCCUCGGAAUGCACCCGGGCUCCUUGUACCCUCUGGCGGCCUUCGGAGGCCAGCACCCCGCCUUCAUAUACCCCGGCUUCACGCAGCUGAUGCAGCCGUACACGGAGCAGCAAAAGGGGGCCAACAUGACGGGGACUCUGCCUCUGGAGCCCUGGAUCAGAGCCGGGUUCAUGAUACCCAGAUUUGGAGAAUAUGGAGCUCCAGGCCAUGCAGGAUUGUUGGGAAAGUGUCGGAGGCCCAGGACGGCAUUCACCAGUCAGCAGCUGCUGGAAUUAGAAAACCAGUUCAAGCUCAACAAGUACCUGUCCAGGCCUAAACGCUUCGAGGUGGCCACUUCACUCAUGCUGACUGAGACUCAGGUUAAGAUCUGGUUCCAGAACAGACGUAUGAAGUGGAAGAGAAGUCGCAAAGCCAAGGAACAAGCAGCCCUGACUUCCCCACUGACUGAUGCAGAGAGAAAUGGGAUGGAUAUGCACAGUGCAAAGCCUCAGGGAGACUCACACAGCUCCAGCCUUGAAGAUGAAGAAGAGCUAGAAGGGGAGGAUGAGGAUGAAAAAGAGGAGAUGGAGGUGCUGAGGGCAGGCUCUGCGGGCUUCAUGAGACAAGCCAUAGGAGGAACAGGGAAAUACAGCACUUAUUCACAGGAGGAGUUGGAGGAGGGAGGCCCAAGAUCGAGAAGUGGGGUUUUUCCAUAGCGUUGAAAUUCUGCAUGCUUUAUUGCAUGUGUUUUUAUGUUUAUUACGCUUGAGAAGACAAUAGACAAUGCAAUCAGGGAGCACAAACAAGGUGUUAUGGAAAGGAUCAUUCACAUUUUACAGCCUGACCCAUAGAAACAUAUUUUUCUCUGUCGGUCCUGAAAUAGCAGAAAAGGAUGUUGACAUCUGCACUUAAACUGAUGAAAUCAAACCAGGAAAAAUGCUGUCUUUCUCAAUGGCCACUUCAAAAAUACGACUUCAAAAAUACUUCAAGACAUUUAUGGUGUGCAUGAUUUGCCUGUGUUUUACAAACAAGUUAAAAGCUGUGAACUGCAAAGAACUAAUUAUUACAUGAAUGUACGUGUAAUGAUAAUGUAUGAAUUGGGGGUGGCAGCACUUUUAUGGAAGGGAGAGGUUGAAGAGACAUAAAACUUUACUUGGAGCUGUUGUAAGGAGUGUCAGUGUUACAUUGUUAUCAGGGCUUCCUGGUCUGUUACAAAUACUGGACACAUAUUGGAGUGAUAUUGGAAACUUUUCUUAUUUUUUAAGAAGACUUGGAUUUACAGGCUAUACUAAGGUAAAGUUUUAGGGCAUUAUAACUGGUAUGACAAGAAAAUGCUACUCAGGUUAUUGUACUGCUUUUUUGAUGGCUACAUGGUCAUGACUUUGUGUUUAAUAAUAUUAAUAUUGAGCUCUUUGUUUUGUAUUAUCUUUGUGAAACUGCAUGUUAUAUUUAGUUGAAGACACACACACAGAAAUGCUUGCAUGUACUGUAUGGAAAAUGAAAUUUAUUGAUAAGGCAAUUUCUCUGUAAUUUGUAAACUACUCUUAUA